AUGGCGAAGAAGCGUGCAAGAGAUGCAGAUGGCCAGUCCGAGGCGGCAGCCGCUUCGGUGGACAAAAUGGACGAGGACGGCAGCUCAGACGACGAUGAUUUCAACAUCGUCAACGUCGAUUUUGAGUGGUUCAACUUCGACCCCGAGAUUGACUUCCACGGCGUCAAGCAGCUACUCCGCCAGCUCUUUGAUGUUGAUUCUCAGCUUUUUGACAUAUCCGCGCUCGCGGAUCUCAUACUGCAGAACCAGACCAUCGGCUCAACCGUCAAGGUCGACGGCAAGGGCAACGACGCGUACGCCUUCCUCACGGCGCUGAAUCUCAAGGAGCAUAAGGACAAGAAACCCGUGAUAGACCUGGUCGAGUACAUUUCCACGAAGGCCGGCGAGUCCGGCAACGAGGACCUUGCUGCGAUCAUUUCCAAGGUCCUGGCGGAGAACCACGUCGGCUUGGUUCUAGGGGAGCGCCUCAUCAACAUGCCCCCCGAGAUCUCACCGCCAAUGUACUCGAUGCUGGUUGACGAGGUAGAGGCCGCCGUGGAGGACAAGGAGCCGUACGACUUUACGCACUACCUCGUGGUGUCCAAGACCUACAACGAGGUGCAGAGCAUCCUGGACGGCGAGACGCAGAAGCGCAAGAAGGCCAGGGAGGAAGCGCCCUUGUUCCACUUCCACCCGGAGGACGAGGUGUUUCAAAAGCACGCCGUUGCGUACGGGAGCUAUCCGCUGACAAAAGACGACGAGAGCGUGGCGGACAGCAAGAGGGCAUUCCAGGAGAUGGGGGUCAAAAACAUGGGGUAUAUGGCUUUGAUUGAGGCGGCCAAAUUCCCUGAGGCCGUGAAGAAGGUCGCAGAGUACCUGAACCCACAAUGA